CAUACCUCAUUGACACUUUACAAAUUGUAGUGGGUUGACAUUUUAAAGAGAAUAUACUUUUACUUUCACAGAUUAAGCUACCACCAAUGAUGGAAAUCAUAACGGCUGAACAGCUGAUGGAAUACUUAGGAGACUAUAUUCUUGAUGCAAAACCUAAAGAGAUAUCUGAAAUUCAGCGCCUAAAUUAUGAGCAGAACAUGAGUGAUGCAAUGGCGAUUCUACACAAGUUACAGACGGGUCUGGAUGUCAAUGUGAAGUUCACGGGUGUACGAGUAUUUGAAUACACACCUGAGUGCAUAGUGUUUGAUCUUCUUGAUAUCCCCUUGUACCAUGGAUGGUUAGUGGACCCUCAGGUUGCUGACAUAGUAAAAGCCGUGGGUAACUGCAGUUACAAUCAGCUGGUGGAGAAGAUAAUUUCUUGUAAACAGUCAGACAACAGUGAACUGGUUAGUGAAGGAUUUGUAGCUGAGCAAUUUCUAAAUAACACGGCUACACAGUUGACAUACCAUGGACUGUGUGAGUUGACGUCAGCUGUCCAGGAGGGAGAGCUUUGUGUGUUCUUCAGGAACAACCAUUUUAGCACCAUGACCAAAUAUAAGGGUCAGCUUUACCUGUUGGUGACAGACCAGGGAUUUCUUACAGAGGAGAAAGUUGUCUGGGAAAGCUUACACAAUGUGGAUGGUGAUGGGAACUUCUGUGAUUCUGAGUUCCACUUACGGCCUCCAUCAGACCCUGAAACUGUCUACAGAGGGCAGCAGGAUCAAAUAGAUCAAGAUUAUCUGAUGGCAUUGUCUCUACAACAAGAGCAGCAAAAUCAAGAGAUUAACUGGGAACAGAUCCCAGAAGGAAUCAGUGAUCUAGAGCUGGCAAAGAAGCUCCAAGAGGAGGAGGACAGGAGAGCUUCUCAGUACUAUCAGGAACAAGAACAAGCAGCUGCUCAGGUCCAGCAGGUGCAAGGUGCUGCUUCUCCAGCAAGUGGAAGACAAUCUGGGAGUAAUGAACGCAAACGUAAAGAGCCUCGAGAGAAAGAGAGAGAAAAAGAGAAGAUUAGCUGUGUUCUCUUGUAAUAGAAAAUGGAUUUAGUCUGGAGCCAAGUGCAUGUUCUCAGAAGCAAAAACAAGGAGUAAAGGAAGACAAACCCGUUACAUGCCGCCUGUGCCUGAUUACCCCAUGGAUUUUGUUCAUGUUUCAAGAGAGGAUGGGUGACUUUGUUACAAUCAUACAGACUUCCUUCAAAGUCAUAGUGCGUGCUGCUCGAGAUGGGAUUCCAAAUCACAGUUGAAUGCGGCUGUGCUUUGAGUUAGUCAUCAGAAAUACUGCACCUUGUAGCUGAACACACAAAUCAUGGCAAGUUUUGUGUCACAGUGACAUCCAUUACUCGUUACAUCAGUUAGUAAGCUAUUCUAUCUUCUACUCUAAACAAAGGAGGUAACUUGGUUUGUGUAAGACUUUUUCCUGAAGUCUGCACACUAGCACAACAGAGUUCUGUGUUACUUAUGUGGUAUGAAACUCUAUCUUAGGCUGGGUAUAGUCUUCACAACACCAGAGCCCAAAUAACAGCUGGGCACUGCCUCCUCAGUGUGUCCAGAUUUCUUUGCUUCUGGAUCUGGUAUGUUCGGUUUUUUGAACCCAGAUUUAUACUGUGUUACUGCUAUCAUUGCACCUCCUGGCCAGCUUUCUUGCCCCAAGAGUAUGUGACUUGAUAGGCAUCAUACAAAAAAUUGUCAUAGAAAACGGGGCAUUUAUUAAUAAGCAAGAUGAAUAUUGUUUGCUUUUCUUGCAAUUACAAACUGGGUAUGGCAACUCAGACGUUAUCAGGGUUAAACAAGUAAUUUUAUAGGUAACUUCUUUUUCUUUUUAGUAUUUUUUCUCUUGUAGGUAAACUGGACCAGAUGAUUUCUUAUUUAUUGACCUCUCCAUAUGAAUAGGUGAAUGAUGGGAGGAAACUAAGGUCUAUAAUAAUCAUUAUUCUAUGUAAGAAUGCAGAGUUAAAAUAACUAACUAUCUGCCUUUUUUCCAGAAGUACCUUGAACUUUAACAUGACGUUAACAUGUCCACUUGUCUAUUUAAGCAAGUGUACUGUAGUUAAAAACACACACUUUUUUCUUUUGUUUCUUUUAUAUAUUAUGUAUCCUUAAAAAGCACACUUCUGAAGGGUGAGAGAGAAGCAAGGCUGCUCUCGGAUUGUUUGGAAAAGGUGGUCAGGUGUAAUAUUUUGUUUUUUAAAUCACUAAUUUAGAAUUUUUGGAAACCAGAUUUUUCUAAUUUAUGGGAACCAAAUAAACAUGUUGCGUCUUGUAGUAUUUAUAGAAUACAGAAACAGAAUACUUGCUGAAUUUUGAGGGAACCACAAAUCUUCCUCCACUUCCAUUAAGUCAAUAACAAUUAUCUUCUUGCUGAACCUUUUUGAUAAAAAUUUCUAUUUAGCAAUUUAUAGAUACUUUUGAAAAAGGCUGCUUCUCCUGGACAAGUUAUGUAUUCAUGCUCUAAGCCUGGGUAAGUGCAUUAGUGUACAAUAAUCUGGGAAAGCUAAGGCAGCCAGGUGGGACAUGAUGUUCCUCGUUUCAGGUGUUUGGAGAAGGUCUGUGAAAGAGACUGAGUGUCUAAACAUGUCCACUGGUAAAAAGCUGCUUUAAAAUUAUUUCGAGCAGGCUUGCUGAAGUGAUGGGAACAGCCAUCACAUACAUCUGUUACGAACCUAGAAUGAAAAUCAGAUGGGUAAAGGAAGAAUGUCUUAUUAACUAAAGGGCCAGUUUGUAUCACUUAUUUCUUCCAUGCCUUUUUCUCUUUUGUUUUUUCCACUUUUGUUACAAUUUCCCUUUUAUAAUAAUGAAGUAAUGAACAGUAGGCGGUCUCUAAUAUGCAAAAUGUAAAUUAAAUUUCUCUAUUCUCUAGAAAAGUCAUGCCCAGAAAAGUAAUUUUAAUAAUGUAUGCAGUUCGGAUAAUUUUCUAUGUUAAAGCAAAGGUUGAUGUCUUCUUUUUCCUUUGCAGCAGUCUAACUUCUUGAAACAAAUUAAUAUGAUGGAGGAUCACCAACAUAUAAUGACUUACCUACUUUAAGCAGAUAAGAAAAUAUUCCAGUAGUGUCAAUAACAAAGACUUUAAGCCAGAAUGUUGUUUAAAAACAUUCUGUUACUAAGAUUUUUCCAAAUUUGUGUAUUUACAUUUAUUUAUUGACCUUGAAAAAUAAAUAUGUCAAGCUAAGUGUUUGUUAUCUUAUUAUUUUCAGUGACACUAUUGCCACUUUAAAUUCCUUUUUGAACAAAUCUAGUUGGAGCAGGCAUUAUGGCUAUUGAGUAUAUCUUUCUGCCUAAGAUACUUGCUCAUACUAGAAGAAUUCAGGUAACAUUUCCAGUUUGACAGAUGUGCCUGCAGCCUAAUAUAUUGUAGUUAUCGUAAUACUGUCAUCUCGUCACAAAGGAAGAAGAGUUAAAUGUCAAUGACUCUCAUCAAGUCUGAACUCCCAGAUAGGUCAGUUUAUGGUUUCAGGUUAUUUGAGAUGGCAGGCAUGCUAUUCAAAAGCUUUCUGUUAAUAUCCUUUUUUCUUUACAGGUCUUGAAGCUUUAGAAAAUUCCUGAAAUCGAGGGUAUUGUUUUGCAUGAGUUGAGCUUGACAGUGAUAGAAGUUAUAAGCAGAUGAGCUUGUUAAUAUCCAAAAUUAAAUACAUCUGGAAGCUUAAUUUAUAUCCCCCUGUGACUAACCAUUCCAGAAGCGGCUGUCACAGUAUCUGUGACAGUAUCUGAUGAUCACAAAAACCAGACAGAACUGCUUUUAUCUGUAAUAGCGAGCUUGGAAAACAAUAUUGCAAAAUGUUAAUGGAGUACCAGAAAGACAAUGUCUACUUCGGACUGUUUACUUCAUUUGCCUCUUUUUUUGAAGCUCAUGUUCUGGUGAAAGAUACAGAUUUAUACUUUAGGUCUGUUUAUACAGUUUAGCAUGCACAUGCUCCAAAUACCUACACAAUAUAUAUGAAAGCGUCUAGAAAAGUAGAGUAGAACUUGUUUUCCACUAGAUAAAAGCUAGCACAGAAAACAGAAUUAUAGAGUUUUUGUUGUUGCAUUGUAGUUGUGAAAUAAAAAAGACUAAAUAGAGGUAUUCUUAAAUUAGCAAAAACUUGAGCACUGCCAUAGCUGUAAAUGUUUUCCUAAAGGGCACUCUGUAAAUGCUCAGAUAUGCCACUUUCCUCGUGACACUCACGGAGUCUGCGACCCAGCAAAGCAGAUCCAAAGGAAGACUGUAACACCAGAGGAUAAAAUUAGCAUUCCUGAAAAUUCACGUAAACACAAUGCAAAAAAUAUAUUUUGUAGCUAGCCAUCUAGUUAAUCUAAUAAAGUAUGUGUCCAGGUUGUCUUACAGAGCUCUUCCUGUGGAUCGCAGGCACAUGCGCUACAAGUGAAGCAUAUGCUCGUCUGUGUGCACUUGCACUGGAUUGCCACUCAGUCUCUACACUCAUUUGGUAUUUCACGUUAUUGUCAAAUGUUUCUUCAAACUUGUAUAUACAAGUUCUUGAAAAAAUUUUCCAGUAUGUAAUAAAAAGCGAUUUGAGUUCUUGAAAUGGAAUCUUUUGGUGUAUUCAGCAGGAAAUACUCGAGUAAAAGGUGAAGCUGAUGCUCUCUUAA